UUCCCUCCCGAUUUCCGCCCGCGCCUUCAGCCGUUUCCGGCGCGUCACUUCCGGCUCGCGGUAAAGAUGGCGGCGCCCUUGCGGCGGGCGCUGCAGGCCCGGGCCCGGUUCCCGGUACCGAUCGCGGCCCCGGCGCGGUUUUACCGAGCGGCUCCGCUGCGCCGCCGGCCCGGCCCGGCCCCGCCGGACCCCGAGGAUCAGCGGGCGGCCGCGCGGCGCUUCGGGCGGCUCGGGGAGGCCUCGCGGGUGGCGGUGUGGCGGCUGUGGCCCAGCCCCGAGCGGCUCCGGGAGGCGGAGGAGGAGGAGCGCGAGUGGGAUCCGCCGCUCCGGGAGGUGGAGGCCGCGCUGGAGCAGCGGGAGCGGGAGGAGGAGCGGCCGGCCGCGCGGCGCUUCGGGCGGCUCGGGGAGGCCUCGGGGGUGGCGGUGUGGCGGCUGUGGCCCAGCCCCGAGCGGCUCCGGGAGGCGGAGGCGGAGGAGCGCGAGUGGGAUCCGCCGCUCCGGGAGGUGGAGGCCGCGCUGGAGCAGCGGGAGCGGGAGGAGGAGCGGCGGAGGAGGGAGAG